GAAAAUUGGGUAUGUACCAUUAAAAGAAUAUAAUUUUGGGGAUGUACCAUUAAAAGAACGCUUCUUUGCUUCAUACCAUCGAAAGGUUGAAACGUUACAGGUUAUUACCAUUCCGUCUUGUUCAGCUACAAAAUCUACUAGUUUUUAUUUUUUUCCCCAUGAGUUAAUUAGGAAAGGACGUAUUUGCCCAUGUGCCAUAAAGAACAAGGAGUUCCUUCGGUUCCUUCCUGCUCUCACGCACAUAUCGCGAGAGGCGCACGCACGGCCAAAGGCGCGACAGGACAGGCUCCCCGGCGGCGGCGGACCUCCCGGCAGCCAACCUUCAAGCGACGACCUCCUCCACUCGAGCCCCUCUCUUCCAUGGCCUAAUUGAUGUGAAAUUGACUGGAGAUGGAUCCAACUAGUGUUUUGGAGGGGUAAUUUUCUCUCAAACCUUCCAAAAUUCUUCUAGUUUUGCUUGUAUAUGAGUAUAUGCAUAUGAGGAUGGAGGACUUGGCUGUGUGAAGUGAACGAAUGGACCUAAAAUUGUUGUUCUUGCUAGGUCCUUACGCUUUGUUCCUUUUGUGUGUGCCCUAUAUUUCAGGGACAAUCUAAAGAAUUCAUGUAGACUAGAUGUUACUGUCAACUCUUACUUAACUGUUCUGGAGGGUAAAAAGGUGUACAAUCGGGGCAGAACCAUAAAUUUGGCUGUGUAUCCAGAACACUAUGCACUCAUCGAUCUAGAGAAGGAUAUUGAUGGGUAUUUCAAAUGGGGCAGUCAUGAAAAACCGGUUUUCUGGGUUGUUGGAAAGGGAGAUAAAUGGCAUUGCAAAUUGGCAUCGGAUGCUCAAUUUCUUGACCUGCUAAGAUCGUCUGAUCUAGUCAAGUUGUUUAUGACAGUGGGAAGACGUCAGGAUGAGGAGGAGACGAUGUGUGCUGCAGCCAAUGUGGUGGCUAAGGAGAUGCCUGCCAUAACAGAUACAGCAACAGCAACAUAUGUGGUCUGUGAGGAGAUGACUGGUGUAGUUGAUGUGGUGGCCAAGGAAAAGAUUGGUACAACAGAGAGUGGAGAUGAGGAUAUGCAUGCUGAUAUGGAAUGGAGAGAAGUACCUGAAUAUGGUCAAACAACUGCUGGGCCACCAAUGGCUGAAGAAGAGGAAAAAGAACACUUCAUGACAGCUGGUUGUGAUCCAGAUGGAGAUGAGCCAAUUGGAUCAAAUGAAGAAUGGAGGUACUUCAAAUUGGUUGAUGGUAAUAAUGUGAAACCAGUGGAGGUACAACAGACAAGAAAGAGGGCAAGGCCUAUUCUAGACUUUGAUAUUGACAGUGUUCCUGAUGAUGUGGCUGGCUUGGUAGAUGAUUAUGUUGUGCCUCACACAACAUAUGACAAAGAGAAUCCAGUAAUCAAAGAGGGAGACACAUUUGAAGACAAGGAUGAAUUUCUUGAAACAAUUAGGACAUAUGCCAUAAGAAAUGAGUUUAAGACAAAGAUUGAGCACAGUGACAAAGAGAGAUACAGAGCAAGGUGCAAAGAUGCUAGUUGUGAGUGGAAAGUGUUUGCAAAGAGGCUGCAUGGUGGCAACGCAUUUAUGGUUUUAUUUCUAUCCUCUUGUUAUAUAUUCUUGUAAAAGGGUUAUUUUUUGUGUUUUGCGCUUGAUCUAAUAUGUUUCUAGUUAUUCUUGCAGGUGGUCAAACUUUCAAAUUUAGAUGUGCACACUUGUUGUAGCUCAACCACAGUCAAGGGGCGAGAGGCCACUAUAAAUUGGUUGUCUCGUAGAUCUAAGGAUAUUGUGAAGGAAGAUCCCUCUCUUAGUGCGAAGAAGUUGCAAAAAAGGUUGCAGAAACAAUACAACGUUGAUUUGUCGUAUUGGAAAGUGUGGUCUGCAAAGAAGUCAACCAUGAAUGACCUUCAUGGUACUUGGGAGGAGGGUUUCACAAUGUUGUGGAGAUUCAAAGCUGCACUAGAAGAAUUUUGCCCAGGAAGCAUUGUCGAGGUUGAUUGUAAGAAGAUUGAUGGAAAAAUGCACUUCUCAAGGAUGUUUGUGUGCAUCAGAGCUUGUGCCGAUGGUUUUUUGGCUGGGUGCAGACCAUAUCUUGGUGUCGAUUCCACUCACCUCACAGGAAAGUAUAAGGGACAAUUGGCUGCAGCAACUGCAAUUGACGGACACAACUGGAUGUAUCCUGUUGCCUAUGCAAUUUUCUUCAAAGAAACAAAUGCCAACUGAGCUUGGUUCAUGGGCAAUCUGAAAAAAGCUAUUGGGACUCUACCUGGACUGACAAUUCAUAGUGAUGCUUGUAAGGGAUUAGCAUAUGGUGUCAAAAAAAUAUUUAAGGGAGAUGCUGAGCAUCGAGUGUUUUAGACACCUCAUGGCUAAUUUCAGGAAGAGGUACAAAGGUGAUGUACUGAAAUUUAUGUGGCCUUGCGCAUGGGCAUGUACAGCUCGUAGGCAUGAUUAUCUAAUGGAGAAAAUUGCAACAGCUGCUCCUAAAGCAAUUCCUUGGAGAAACUUGUAGCUGUGGGCAAUGGGAGGUGUCUGGGAAACCAUGCACUCAUGCUAUUUUUGCACUUGGGAAAUUCAGACAGAAAGAGCUCAAAAUGGAGGAUUUUGUGGAUGAAUAUUACUCAAUAGAGAGGUUCAAACUAGCUUAUCAAUUUGAGGUCAGUCCAAUGGGUGACAAAUCUCAAUGGCCAAAGAAUGACCCUGGUUUUGAAAUGAUCCCUCCACCACUAGAAAGGCCUGCUGGUAGACCAAGGAAGCAAAGAAUUAAGGCUAGUGGAGAGCCAGGAAAAAGAGGUCCAUAUCAAUGCAAAAGAUGCUUCAAGUUUGGACAUAUAGAGAAGGGAUGUAAUGCAACUCAAGCUGAACUAGAACAAGAGCUUCCACCACCUCGUCCAAAAAAACAGAAAAAGCAAAGCAAAACCAAAUCUAAAGCUGCCGAAGCCUCUACCAAAGGUGAUGAGCUCUCAAACAUUGUUGCUGAUCCAAAAUUCACUUUAAGCCCAGGUGUGACAACUAGGAGUAUGGCAUCCCUCUCUCCAGCAAGUCUAGGUGUGACCACACGGAGGGCGACAUCCAUCUCUCCAGCAAGUCCAGGUGUGACCACACGGAGGGCGACAUCCAUAUCUCCAGCAAGUCCAGGUGUGACGACAAGGAGGAUGGCAUCUAUCUCACCUGGAGGAAUCAACCGUAGACUUAUUAUUGAAUAAUUGUACUAGUGUAAUGUUAGAAUGGAUGACUUGGUUUAUGGUCUGUUCUCAACUUGGAACCAUGUGAGCUAUGGUUAGCUUGUAAGAAUGUGUUAGAUUAUCAUGUUCUCAGGUUGGAACUGUAUGAACUAUGAUCAGUUGGUAGUACUGUGCACUGACAAACCUGUGUUAUAUCAUGUUCUAAUGUGUGGUGUUGAAUUUAUGCUCUCAA